AUCAUAUUCUAGAGAGAGGAGAGAGAGAGAGUUGCAGAGAGAGAAAUGGAGGAGACAAUUCCCUUUAAAAAUCUCCAUAGCAGAGAGUAUCAAGGUCACAAGAAGAAGGUUCAUUCCGUGGCUUGGAACUGCAAUGGCACUAAGCUCGCCUCGGGUUCCGUGGAUCAAACGGCUAGGGUUUGGCAUAUUGAGCCCCACGGACAUGUUAAGGUCAAAGAUAUUGAAUUGAAGGGACACACUGACAGUGUGGAUCAGCUAUGUUGGGAUCCUAAACAUGCCGAUCUAAUUGCAACUGCAUCAGGAGACAAGACUGUACGUCUGUGGGAUGCACGUAGUGGAAAAUGCUCGCAACAGGCAGAUCUUAGUGGUGAGAACAUUAACAUCACCUACAAACCGGAUGGCACAUACAUUGCAGUUGGUAAUAGGGAUGAUGAGCUAACAAUUUUGGAUGUUAGGAAAUUUAAGGCAAUUCAUAAGCGGAAGUUUAAUUACGAGGUAAAUGAGAUUGCUUGGAACAUGACAGGCGAUAUGUUCUUUUUGACAACUGGAAAUGGUACUGUUGAAGUGCUAGCAUACCCAUCUCUUCGGCCACUUGACACUCUUAUGGCUCAUACAGCUGGUUGCUAUUGCAUUGCGAUUGACCCAAUUGGAAGAUAUUUUGCAGUAGGAAGUGCUGAUUCUUUAGUUAGCUUGUGGGAUAUCUCAGAGAUGCUUUGUGUGCGGACGUUUACGAAACUCGAAUGGCCUGUUAGGACGAUAAGCUUCAACCAUACUGGUGAAUAUAUCGCUUCGGCUAGUGAGGACUUGUUCAUUGAUAUAUCGAAUGUUCAAACGGGACGGACGGUGCAUCAGAUUCCAUGUCGGGCUGCUAUGAACAGUGUUGAAUGGAAUCCAAAAUACAAUUUACUUGUGUAUGCCGGGGACGACAAGAACAAAUAUCAGGCUGAUGAAGGUGUUUUUCGAAUAUUUGGAUUUGAAAGCAGCAGCGCCUGAGAUAGAAGUUUUGUUCUUAUGUAUUUCAGAAUUGUUAAAUUUAGCAAUUUUUAAACCGAUAUUUUUCUUCUUGUAUUAUGUACGUCAGGAUUCUUCCAGAGCUUACAACAGAAAAAUUAAAACA